AUGUGGAGCAUGACGAAAUCAAGUAUGAAGCUUAAUCAUGUUGAAAUGGUUAAACUUCGUGAACAACUCGGAAUUCGCGUAGGCGGCUUUCAUCCACCAAAACCUGUCUGCUCUUUUGCACAUUUUGGUUUUGACAAGCAGCUGAUGGAGGCAAUUCGCAAAAGCGAGUAUGAACAUCCAACACCAAUCCAGGCACAGGCCAUCCCAGCUGCUCUGAGCGGACGUGAUGUGCUUGGCAUAGCAAAGACUGGUAGUGGUAAGACUGCGGCUUACUUGUGGCCUGCCAUUGUGCAUAUCAUGGAUCAGCCCGAUCUGGAUGUUGGUGAAGGUCCCAUUGCACUGAUUGUCGUGCCAACAAGAGAGUUGGCCAUUCAGGUCUACCAGGAAGCCAAGCGCUUCUGCAAAAUUUACAACAUAAAUGUUGUUUGUGCUUAUGGAGGUGGAAGCAAAUGGGAGCAAUCGAACGAGCUAAAGAACGAAGGAGCUGAGUUGGUUGUGUGCACCCCUGGUCGUAUUAUCGAUUUGGUGAAAAUCGACGCCACAAAUUUUUUGAGGACGACUUUCCUUGUUUUUGACGAAGCUGAUAGAAUGUUUGACAUGGGCUUUGAGGCCCAAGUGAAAUCCAUUUCCGACCAUAUUCGACCGGACCGUCAGUGCCUUAUGUUCAGUGCCACAUUCAAGCAUAAGGUGGAGCGAUUGGCACGGGAUGCCUUGCGUGAUCCUGUACGCAUCGUUCAGGGAGAAGUUGGAGAGGCUAAUGCUGAUGUUAUUCAAACGGUUGAAGUCCUUCCGCGACAGGAUACGAAGUGGGUAUGGCUCACACAAAGGCUUGUCAACUUUGGUUCUAUGGGCAAAGUUCUGAUCUUUGUCACAAAGAAGAUAAAUGCUGAGGAUCUUGCUAAGAAGCUCAGAGCUCGCGAUUUUGAGCUAGUAUUACUCCAUGGAGAUAUGCUACAACAUGAGCGGAAUGAACAUCUUCAAGCAUUCCGCAAGAAAGUUAACAUCAUGGUAGCUACGGAUGUUGCAGCGCGCGGUUUGGAUAUUCCGGAGAUUCGGACUGUCGUUAACUAUGAUCUCGCUAGGGACAUUGAUACGCAUGUGCACAGAAUAGGUCGAACUGGCAGAGCAGGACAGAAAGGCUGGGCAUACACGCUUGUUACUGAGAAAGAUAUGGAAAUGGCUGGACAUUUGGUUCGAAAUCUCGAAAGUGUUAACCAAGAAGUUCCUCAAGCUCUCCUAACUCUUGCCAUGAAGUCUGCUUGGUUCCGUUCACAGCGACAAGGAGGCCAAGGAGGUGGAGCACCCAAAGCAAAAGCUCGACUCGGGCUUGGUUAUAAGCCAAAAACCCGUCCAGCACCGGGCAUUGGAGGUGACUUAGUUAUGUCCCAAUUAGUUCCUAUGUUUGAAUCAAAGCUUAUUGAAGGUUCCCAGCUUGAUCCACUGAAGGAGACGAAGUCACGUGGUACUACAAAUCUUUCUGUUCGUGACACAAUUAGGGCAGCGACGUCUUCGGAGUAA